ACAUCACACUAAUUGCAGCUUACUCGAAAAGAGGGAGUCAGAGACAGGCAGUGGAGUAAGACAGUUACCUCGUAACAGGAAAGCAGAACAUCUGGAAAAUUCACAUCUGGACACGCUCAAGAAAAAUGACUCUUCAGCCAACAAGCAUCCCUGGCUUGAACAUCACUACAUGGGGUAUCGACAAUAACAACACCAAUAAUUCUGACUGUCCUGAAUCAGAAGCCUGGAAAUGGCUCACUGCCAAUCAGCCUGCGUAUAUUCUGACCAUCAGCGUGCUGGGAAUUAUAUUCAACCUAUUUGUCCUGAUGGUUUUCUGCCUCCACAAGAAGCCCUGUACUGUGGCUGAGAUCUAUUUGAGCAAUCUGGCUGCAGCUGAUCUUGUUCUGGUGUCCUGUUUGCCUUUCUGGGCAGUCAACAUCCUCAAUGAUUUUGAUUGGCCUUUCGGACAAUUUAUGUGCAAAAUAGUCAACGUGGGCAUUAAAAUAAAUGUCUACUCCAGCAUCUAUUUCCUGGUUUUAGUUAGCAUAGAUCGAUACAUAGCACUGGUUCAUGCGUUGUCACAUGGAAGAAUGCGGAGAUCCAAGUAUGCUAAACUGGGCUGUCUGCUGACAUGGAGUUUUGGCUUGCUGCUGAGCAUACCCACAUUUACAUUUAGAGAAGUGAAAUAUUUCCCAGAGUAUGRUGUUCAUGCAUGCUAUUUGGAAUAUCCAAGCAAAACUGUAGAACUGAUUUGUGACGGGAUGUUGAUGAUUUUUAGUUUCAUCGUUCCUAUUUCGAUCAUCACUUUCUGUACGCUGAGGAUCAUUCAGGCUUUAAAAAACCAAAGAAUAGAGAGGUUCAAUGCUGAGAAAACAGAGCAGAAGGCCACCACCUUGAUCCUGGUAGUCCUCCUGGCCUUCCUCAUAUGCUGGGUGCCAUUCCACCUCAUUACCAUAUUGAAUAUGCUGUCCCAAGUUGAGCUCCUGACAGGGUGUCACUUCUCUAAUCUCUUGGAUAUCUGCAACCAGUUCUUCACCUACUUGGGCUUCUUCAACAGCGUGCUCAACCCAAUCCUCUAUGUUAUUGUUGGGAAGAACUUCAGAAAAAAGGUCAAGGAACUCAUAAAGCAGUGGAGAAUUAAAAGAACAAACUCUGAGUCCGCACGCUCAAACUUAUCUUCUACUCUCAAAACAUUGGUGUUAACCAACUCUCAGAAUUGAACAUUUCUUCCUAAAAUGGACUUUUAAAAAAAGCUGUACUAUAAUUUUUUUUGCUCAGGAAAACAAUUUAAAUAUUGUCUAAAGAAUUUAAACUUGUCACUAUUUAACUGAGCUUUAUUGCUGUGAUUAUGUCAGUUAUGCAUGGCCUAAAUGUUUCUUCCGGGUGAAGUUGCUUUAUUUAUUUUAUCAGAUUAUUGCUUAACAUAAUUAUUGUUUUUGUAAAAAUGAGAAGCUUUUCAAUGCUUGAGAAAAAGCURAUGAGCCAAGCUUUUAACUUUUGGCAUAUAGCAGAGUUGUAAAUGUGCUGUGAUGUGAUGUAAUUAUGUUCAGUUGUUGUGAAUGGGCUUUUCAUAAAAAUAUUUAUGACUUCCAAUUAUACUGAAAAUACAAAUAAAAUGUUUUGUUCAUAAAGUGACAAAUAAAACAUACAGCAUGCUU